UCAUGUUCUUAUCAUCUGCCUGUAGAUGUAUCUAAAAUGUAUAUUUUUGCAGAUUGUUACUUUACCUUGAAGGCAUGGAAUGCACAGAACGGUGGAGCAGCAGCUAUUCUUGUAGCAGAUGACAAGGUUGAACCACUGAUUACCAUGGACAACCCUGAAGAAGAUGAUGCAGAUGCUGCUUAUCUGCAGAACAUCACUAUCCCCUCAGCACUUAUUAGCAAGUCCUUGGGUGACAGUAUCAAGAAAGCUCUAUCUGAUGGAGAGAUGGUUAACAUGAAUCUUGAUUGGACAGAGUCUCUUCCACAUCCUGAUGAACGGGUUGAGUACGAGUUCUGGACAAAUAGCAAUGAUGCGUGCGGGCCAAAAUGUGACAGUCAGAUUGAGUUUGUCAAGAACUUCAAAGGUGCAGCUCAGAUACUCGAGCAGAAGGGUUACACACAGUUCACCCCUCACUACAUAACAUGGUAUUGCCCAGCGGCAUUCAUUCUGAGCAAACAAUGCAAAUCCCAGUGCAUCAACCAUGGGAGGUACUGUGCUCCAGAUCCUGAGCAGGAUUUUAGCAAAGGGUAUGAUGGAAAAGAUGUUGUAGUACAGAAUCUACGCCAAGCUUGCUUUUAUAAAGUGGCCAGUGAAAGUAAAAAGCCAUGGCUUUGGUGGGACUAUGUGACUGAUUUUUCAAUCCGUUGCCCAAUGAAGGACAAGAAAUACACCAAAGAGUGUGCAGAUCAAGUUAUCCAAUCCCUUGGUGUUGAUCUUAAGAAGAUAGAUAAAUGCAUAGGAGACCCUGAGGCAGAUGUGGAUAAUGAAGUUCUUAAAGCUGAACAAGAUACACAGAUCGGAAAAGGGUCUCGAGGAGACGUGACUAUACUUCCAACUCUUGUAGUAAACAACAGGCAAUAUAGAGGUAAGUUGGAUAAAGGAGCUGUUCUUAAGGCGAUAUGUGCGGGUUUUGAAGAGACCACGGAGCCAUCCAUAUGCUUAAGUGAAGAUGUAGAAACCAACGAGUGUCUAGAAAACAAUGGUGGGUGCUGGCAGGACAAGGCUACUAACCUUACUGCAUGCAAGGAUACUUUUCGGGGUAGAGUAUGUGAAUGUCCUGUGGUUCAGGGGGUGAAGUUUGUUGGUGAUGGUUAUACUCGCUGUGAAGCUUCAGGUUCUUUACGUUGUGAAAUUAACAAUGGAGGAUGCUGGAAGAGAACUCAAGAUGGCAGGACCUUUUCUGCUUGUGUUGAAGAUCAUUCUCAAGGUUGCAAGUGUCCUCCAGGAUUCAAGGGUGAUGGAGUAAAUUCCUGUGAAGAUGUGGAUGAAUGCAAAGACAAGCUGGCCUGCCAGUGUUCAGAAUGCAAAUGCAAAAAUACCUGGGGCAGUUAUGACUGCAGUUGCAGUGGUGGUUUAUUGUAUAUGCGAGAACAUGACGCGUGCAUAAGUAAAGCUGCUGACACAAAGUACAGCUGGAGCUUUGUUUGGAUUAUUAUUCUUGGCCUGGCUGCUGCUGGUGUUGCUGGAUAUGCAAUUUACAAGUACAGAAUCCGGAGAUACAUGGAUUCAGAGAUACGGGCUAUCAUGGCACAGUAUAUGCCAUUGGAUAGUCAAGCAGACAUCCCUGUUCAUCAUGCUCCCCGUGGGGACAUCUGAAGGUGAGCUAGUGAGAUGAUGUGCUGAGGCAUCGACUAAAGAAGCAGCAUCUCUAAAUUUCGAAGUGACCUAUCAGCUUCGAUUUGGCUUGUAGCUAUUUCAGCCAGCACGCUCCCAUUUAGUCACACUCGUAUAUGUAAAUUAAUAUUACAAGUUCUGCAUGUAAUUCCAUGGAACGCAGCAAAUUUUCAAUUCAAUGUAAGAGGCGUUAUGGGAUUCAAAAUUUUAGGCCAUCUUGGUUGCAUUCCAGUUUCAUGCUGCCUAGGUUAUCAAGGAUUUUUCCCUAGUUUCUAAAACUAAUUCAAGCUGUCCUAGUUGAGAGUGAUCAUAAGCCCUGUGAAGGUGGGCAUUUUACAUUGUAUGGCUUGGAUCUUAAUAAUAACUGUUUUUAGAUCAA